AUGUAGAAUACAAUUGAAAAAGACUGCUUCUCUGGCUUAAAAUACCUUGAUGAAGACUUAAAUUUCAGCAACUAUCGAUAAUCAAUCUCUCCUAUAAUAAUAUAAAAGAGAAUCUUUUUGGCUAUUAGAAAUUAAAGUUCUGAUGAAACUGCUGACAUUUAUAAUAGAGAUAUUGACGAAAAUCUCGAGGAAUAAAAUUUACAAUUAUUUCCAAAGACAUUUGAUUUUUAAGCUAAUAUAUAACCUAACCCACUUAAGAAGCCUUAAUAUAAAGGCUUAAAAUAAACGAGAAUUGAAGAACAAACAGCCAAGAAAAUAUCAGAAGGCGGAAAGACGUUAUUUACUUGUUUCAAAGAAGAUUCUGCACCUGUGAAAUAUAAUAAAACUAGCAAGACAGAUGUAUAAUUAAAAAGCAAGAGAAAUCAGUAUGAUGAUUCAGUGAGAAAUAAUUAUAUUCAUCGAGUUUUCUAGGAUUUACCAACUACAAAAUCUUAGAUGCUAGAUUCAAUAUGGAGAUAAAUUAAUGACAUAAAUCCCGAUAAUAGUAUUCCAGAUUUCAAGAGAUAAAUUGAUAUAUACUGUCAGUCAAUUAUGCAGCACAAUUAACAAAAAACAUAUCUUCAACCGAAAACUUGCCAAACUACUAUGCAACUGGCAAAGAUGAAUGCUUAUAAAUUAGAAUAAAGAAAAAAUGAAGGGAUCAAGCUGAUUCAUUAUUUCUAUUCAAAAUACCAGAGCAGUAUGAGUUUCACUACAUUGUUGAGUGCAAUAUAAAUUUUAGACAAGUUUCUUUCUUCAUCGAAAUAUUAAGAAAAUUAAGCAGUCUAUAUUAAUAAAAUUCCAGUUUUUGCCGUCACUUGCCUUUUCAUAUCCUCUAAAUAUUGGGAUGUCGAUUAAAUUUUUUUGGAUGACAUUGUUAUUAAUCAAAUGAAAUUUUACAAAGUAUUUUCUCAGAAACAUCGUUUACAAUUGAUUUCCAAAAAAAAUCUAAAUAGGUAUUAGGAAAAAUAAUCUUAAAAAUAAGCCAAAAUUUUAUGA